CAAACGACACGCCUGCUGAGCCAGCCCUGUUUUCGGAAAGUCAGAUGACCUCCCCUCCCCAGCCACCAGCCUCACCCAGCCGCAAGGUGCACACCAUGGACUCUCUGGUGGCUCUCCUUUGCCUGCUGCCCCUGUGCCCAGGCCUGGCGGCAGCCAGCCCCUCCUGCCCGCAGAACGUGAACAUCUCCGGAGGCACCUUCACCCUCAGCCACGGCUGGGCCCCCGGGAGCCUCCUCACCUACUCCUGCCCCCUGGGCUACUACCCCUCCCCUGCCUCCCGGUUGUGCAAGGGCAACGGACAGUGGCAGACCCCUCAAGGCACCCGGCUGACAAAGGCCAUCUGCAAACGUGUCCGAUGCCCAGCGCCUGCUGCCUUCGAGAAUGGCGUGUACACCCCACGUCUGAGCUCCCACCCCGUGGGCGGCAACCUCAGCUUUGAGUGUGAGGAUGGCUUCCUAUUGCGGGGCUCCUCUGUGAGACAGUGUCGCCCCAACGGCAUGUGGGACGGAGAGACGACCGUGUGUGACAGCGGCUCUGGCCAUUGUCCUAACCCGGGGAUUCCAGUGGGCGCCGUGCGGACUGGCUCCCGCUUUGGCCUUGGGGACAAGGUCAGGUACCGCUGUUCCUCAAGCCUGAUUCUGACGGGGUCCACAGAGAGAGAGUGCCAGGACACUGGGGUCUGGAGUGGGACAGACCCCAUUUGCCGCCAACCCUACUCGUAUGACUUCCCGGAAGACGUGGCCCCCGCCCUGGGCUCCUCCUUUUCCCACAUACUCGGAACCACCAAUCCCACCCAGAAAAAGCAAGAAAACCUGGGUCGUAAAAUCCAAAUCCAGCGCUCGGGUCACCUGAACCUCUACCUGCUCCUGGAUGCAUCCCAGAGUGUGGCAGAGGACGACUUCGACGUCUUCAAGAAGUGCGCUGCCGUCAUGGUGGACAGGCUCUUCAGCUUUGAGAUCAAGGUCAGCGUUGCCAUCAUCACGUUUGCUUCCAAGCCCCAGAUUGUCAUGUCCAUCUCAGACGACAACUCGCAGGACGUCAUGGAAGUGACCAGUAGCCUGGAGAGUGCCAGCUAUAAAGACCAUGAAAAUGGAACGGGGACCAACACGUACGAGGCCCUGCACAGUGUCUAUAUCAUGAUGAAUAACCAGAUGCAGCGCCUUGGCAUGAAGACCCUGGCCUGGCAGGAGAUCCGGCAUGCCAUCAUCCUCCUGACAGAUGGGAAGUCCAAUAUGGGAGGCUCUCCCAAGGCGGCCGUUGACAAUAUCAAAGAGGUCCUGAACAUCAACCAGAAGAGGAAUGACUACCUGGACAUCUACGCCAUUGGAGUCGGCAAACUGGAUGUGGACUGGAAAGAGUUGAACGAGCUGGGGUCCAAGAAGGAUGGCGAGAGGCAUGCCUUCAUCCUGCAGGACCCGAAGGCUUUGCAGCAGGUCUUUGAACACAUGCUGGAUGUUUCCCAGCUCACAGAUACCAUCUGCGGGGUGGGGAACCUGUCCACCAAUGCUUCGGACCAGGAGAGGACACCCUGGCAUGUCACCAUUAAGCCCACGAGCAAGGAGACCUGCCGGGGGUCCCUCAUCUCAGACCAGUGGGUCCUGACGGCCGCUCACUGCUUCCAAAAACUCGAGGAAAGAGACCUGCACCUAUGGAGAGUCAUCGUGGGGGACCCCAGCUCCUCGCAGGGCAAAGAGUUCACCAUUGAGAAGAAAGUGAGCCCCCCGGGGUUUGAUGUCUAUGCCAAGAAGAGCCAGGGGAUCCAGGAGUUCUACGGCGAUGACAUUGCCCUGCUGAAGCUGGCCCAGAAAGUGAAGAUGUCCACCCACGCCAGGCCCAUCUGCCUUCCCUGCACGGUGGAGGCCAACCUGGCUCUGAGGAGACCUCAAGAGAGCACUUGUCGGGACCAUGAGAGCGAACUUCUGAACACGCGGAGUGUUCCUGCCCAUUUUACCUCCUUGAGUGGGAACAGACUGGAUAUUCACCUGAAGACAGGCGCUGAGUGGGCAAGCUGUGGCCAGGUCGUCUCCCAAGACAAAAACUCGUUCCCCAACCUGACCGAUGUCAGAGAGGUGGUGACCGAGCAGUUCCUGUGCAGUGGCACCGAGGGUGACGAUAACCCCUGCCCGGGAGAAUCUGGUGGAGCGGUGUUCCUGGAGCGGCGGUACAGGGUUUUUCAGGUCGGCCUGGUGAGCUGGGGUCUCUACAACCCCUGUUGGAAAUCUGCCAAAUCCUCCCGCCUAAAAGCCCCCCGUGGUCAGGUGCCACCUCCCAGAGACUUCCACAUCAGUGUCUUCCGCCUGCAGCCCUGGCUGAGACAGCACCUGCAGGGGGUCCUGAAAUUCUUGCCUCUGUAAUCAUGCCUGGCAGGGCCAGGGUCUUCCAUCCCUCCCGUCUCCUACCUCUGAGCCCCCACCCCUGACCCUACGGUCCACCCGCACUCUUGGCCUCCCCGGUUCCAGCAGGAGCAGCAGCUAAGCUGGGGAAUCCCCAGGGCUCGCCCCAGCGCCCAUGCCUUCGCCUUCGCCCAGGGUCCCCAUCUCCCCUCCCCUCCCCUGCUGCCCGCAAGAAAGUCCCCGGCUCCUUUCACUUUCGCAUGGAAUUUCCCAGUUAGGAAAUUAAUAAAAGCCAAGGAUUUCCACAUC